UCUCCACCUCUCUGCAAAUUCCCUACCUUGGUUCAAAACCAGGUAAUCCACUCCAAUCACCUGUAGUAUAUGUAAUCUGAUCGAUACAAACCUCAUAAUUAUCCCGAUGGCACCUUCCAGCUUCAGCUUACCAACACCCACUCCGACCUCGGCUCCUGCGAUCUCAAACCCUCACUCGAAACCUAGAAAACACCUGGCCAUGUCAUCGAAUGAUCAGAACAUGCAGGCCAUCACACAGCCCGAUCCUGAUCUGCCGGUCGGGAAGCUGAAGGGCAGCUCUCAACUGAAUCGAUGGUCCAGAGCGCGUGCCAUACGAUCGGGCCGGAGACUGGACCGCCCUGUCCCUACGAAACCGGCCACCGAUACGAAUAGAAUCCAUCCGGUGGAGGACGGGAAAGGAAGAAACCUGCAGGGAGAGGUAGGAAGGGAGGGGGAAGAUGAUGAUGAUGAGGAAGAGGCUAAGAUAGCGAAGCCGAUCUACAUGGUCUCUGACGGCACUGGAUGGACUGCUGAGCACUCCGUUAUCGCGGCGUUGGGCCAGUUCGAGUACUGUUUGGUCGACAGGGGCUGUCCUGUUCAGACUCAUCUCUUCUCGGGUAUUGAUGAUGUGGAGCGGUUGAUGGAGAUAAUAAAACAAGCAGCCAGAGAAGGUGCAAUGCUCUUCUACACUCUGGCUGACCCUUCCAUGGCUGCCUCAGCCAAGCAAGCCUGCAAGCUAUGGGGAGUUCCGUCAACUGAUAUACUAGGACCCAUCAUUGAGUCUAUCUCACACCAUAUUGGUGUCUCCCCAUCUGGCAUUCCUCGUGGGGCACCAGGACGGAAAGUUUACCUCACAGAGGAAUACUUCAAACGAAUUGAAGCCAUUGAAUUCACCAUUAGGCAAGACGAUGGGGCCCUACCCCGGAACCUGCAUAAAGCUGACUUUGUCCUGGUUGGAGUUUCUCGUACUGGAAAGACACCAUUGUCAAUUUAUCUUGCACAAAUGGGAUAUAAAGUGGCUAACGUUCCGAUUGUGUUAGGUGUAGAACUGCCAAGAUCUCUUUUUGAGAUAGCACCAGAGAAGGUUUUCGGAUUGACCAUAAAUCCUGUUAUCUUGCAAGCAAUUAGAAGAGCAAGAGCAAAGAGUCUUGGUUUCAAUGACAACACAAGGAGUAACUAUUCAGAGAUGGAUCAUGUGAGAGAGGAGUUGGAGUUUGCUGGUAGAAUUUUUGCAGAAAAUCCUGCGUGGCCAGUAAUUGAAGUGACAGGAAAAGCGAUUGAGGAAACAGCAGCAGUUAUUUUGAGGCUCUACAAUGACCGAAAGCAGCAGUGUUCAAUGCCAAUGAUCUCAAAGCGCUACUAAAGCAAGUAAGGUUUUGGUCCCAAGCCUGUGGGCAUGAGAUGCUGGGGCAGAAUUAGACAUGAUUAUGUUCCAGGCUGUAUGGUCCAGGCUGAAUGAUGAGUUGGGCCUUUCUGGUAUACAUGUUGAGUACAUCAAUACUACUCGAGCUACUGUUUGAGAAGAACUAGACAAGGUGAACUCUGGGCAAUGUCUGUGCCUUCAGGUCUAUAUUUGGGUGAUAAUUCAUGACAUAUGCUUCAUUGCUGUCCUCCAGAUGCAUGUUUGAUGGGUUCCACCGGAGAGGUAUCCUACCUCAGAAAUCAACUUGUAAUUCGGGUUCUUCUGCCGUAUUUUAUGUAAACACUAGAAGAAAGUAAUUUAUUUGAUGCCUAUGAUCAAGUUUCAAUGAUAUCUGAUUUUUGAGCUCCUAAGUUGGAUAAAUUGAUUCUUGGUCCCUGGCCUCUAGCUCCUUUCCUUUAUCUAAUCCUUGUAAAUAUGUUGUUUAGAGUCUAUAGUCACAGCUUCCUGUCAAUUACCAUACGAAAUAUGUACAUAGAUGUAGAAGUUUGCACAACAGUUAUUGUAAUAUUUACCAUAUUCAUUUCAAGUUCUUGGUAGC